CGCCAGCCCUGUGCGCCCCCCGCGCUCGCCAUGCCCAGUCGCUCGGCGCGCUCCACUCGCGGCCCGCGGGGCUCUGGCGUGUUCUAGCUUCCGAGAGCCCACUUGGACCAAGGGCACCAUCCCUGCUGAACCCCUGUCCUCUGUCUCGCGUAACCUGCCGGUUGGAAUCGGGUUUGCAGAGGGAGCCGGAGAAAGCGGAGCAUUCCCCAGCCCGGCGCGACUGGCCCUGCACGUUCGCGGCCGCAGGGAGCCUCAGCUCUUUUACCGCCAAGUUGAUCUUUGCGAGACAGACGCCGCCGACGCGUGAUCUGCUCCCCGGCUCUUCUGGGGUCUCCUUGUAGCCUGGGUCAGGCCAGUUGCUUUUGCCGGACCUAAAGUUGCCCCAGGAGCGCCAACCCUGCUGGAGGGGGGCGGUGGGCAGGUGGGAGGCGUGUACCUGUGUCAACUCUGCUGCUUUGAACGUUAUCGCUGUUACUUCGUGUUAUUUUGUGCACAUUUACGCGGACGCUCCGGGCUGCGAGCUUCGCGCCAGGCGCUGGGCCGCAGACACAGCGCGUUGCGCGCGGAGCAGCUCGCUGAAGAGAAAACCCCUGGCGCCAGCGGGCGAGGAGGCGACGGGGGAAGAUGCGCGGCGUCGGCUGGCAGACGCUGCCCCUGUCGCUGGGGUUAGUGCUGGCGAUCCUGGGCGAGGUGGCGCCGCAGGCGUGCCCGGCGCAGUGCUCCUGCUCGGGCAGCACGGUGGACUGUCACGGGCUGGCGCUGCGCAGCGUGCCCAGGAAUAUCCCCCGCAACACCGAGAGGCUGGAUUUGAAUGGCAACAACAUCACCCGGAUCUCCAAGACGGACUUUGCUGGUCUUCGGCAUCUAAGAGUUCUUCAGCUUAUGGAGAAUAAGAUUAGCACCAUUGAAAGAGGAGCAUUCCAGGAUCUUAAAGAACUUGAGAGACUGCGUUUAAACAGAAAUCACCUUCAGCUGUUUCCUGAAUUGCUGUUUCUUGGGACUGCGAAGCUAUACAGACUUGAUCUCAGUGAAAACCAAAUACAGGCAAUUCCAAGGAAGGCAUUCCGUGGGGCGGUGGACAUUAAAAACCUGCAACUGGAUUACAACCAGAUCAGCUGUAUCGAAGACGGGGCAUUUCGAGCUCUCCGGGACCUGGAAGUGCUCACUCUUAACAAUAACAACAUUACCAGACUCUCUGUGGCCAGUUUCAACCAUAUGCCUAAACUUCGGACUUUCCGACUCCAUUCCAACAGCCUGUACUGCGACUGCCACCUGGCCUGGCUGUCCGACUGGCUGCGCCAGAGGCCCCGCGUAGGCCUGUACACCCAGUGCAUGGGCCCGGCCCACCUGCGGGGCCACAACGUGGCCGAGGUCCAGAAACGAGAAUUUGUCUGCAGUGGUCACCAGUCAUUUAUGGCUCCUUCUUGCAGUGUUUUGCACUGUCCAGCUGCCUGUACCUGUAGUAAUAAUAUCGUCGACUGCCGAGGGAAAGGUCUCACUGAAAUCCCCACCAAUCUGCCAGAGACCAUCACGGAAAUACGAUUGGAACAGAAUUCCAUCAAGGUCAUCCCGCCUGGAGCUUUCUCACCCUACAAAAAGCUUAGACGAAUCGACCUAAGCAAUAAUCAGAUCUCGGAACUAGCACCAGAUGCUUUCCAAGGUCUACGCUCUCUGAAUUCGCUUGUCCUCUAUGGAAAUAAAAUCACAGAACUCCCAAAAAGUUUAUUUGAAGGACUAUUUUCCUUACAGCUACUAUUACUGAAUGCCAACAAGAUAAACUGCCUUCGGGUAGAUGCCUUUCAGGACCUGCACAACUUGAACCUUCUGUCCUUAUAUGACAACAAGCUCCAGACCAUCGCCAAGGGGACCUUUUCGCCUCUCCGGGCCAUCCAGACAAUGCAUUUGGCCCAGAACCCCUUCAUCUGUGACUGCCAUCUCAAGUGGUUGGCGGAUUAUCUCCAUACCAACCCAAUCGAGACCAGCGGUGCCCGCUGCACCAGCCCCCGGCGUCUGGCAAACAAAAGAAUCGGACAGAUCAAAAGCAAGAAAUUCCGUUGUUCAGCUAAAGAGCAGUAUUUCAUUCCAGGUACAGAAGAUUAUCGAUCAAAAUUAAGUGGGGACUGCUUUGCAGACUUGGCUUGCCCUGAAAAGUGCCGCUGUGAAGGGACCACUGUAGAUUGCUCCAAUCAAAAACUCACCAAGAUCCCAGACCACAUUCCCCAGUACACUGCAGAGCUGCGUCUGAAUAAUAAUGAAUUCACAGUGUUGGAAGCUACAGGAAUCUUCAAGAAACUUCCUCAGUUACGUAAAAUAAACUUUAGCAACAAUAAAAUCACAGACAUCGAAGAGGGAGCAUUUGAAGGAGCAUCCGGUGUUAAUGAAAUUCUCCUCACGAGUAAUCGCCUGGAAAAUGUUCAGCAUAAGAUGUUCAAGGGAUUGGAAAGCCUCAAAACUUUGAUGUUGAGAAGUAAUCGCAUAAGCUGUGUAGGGAAUGACAGUUUCAUAGGACUCAGUUCUGUGCGUCUGCUUUCUUUAUAUGAUAAUCAAAUUACUACGAUUGCACCAGGGGCGUUUGAUACUCUCCAUUCUUUAUCUACUCUAAAUCUCCUGGCCAAUCCUUUUAACUGUAACUGUUACCUGGCGUGGUUGGGAGAAUGGCUGAGGAAGAAAAGAAUUGUCACCGGAAACCCUCGAUGUCAGAAGCCAUACUUCCUCAAAGAAAUCCCCAUCCAGGACGUGGCCAUUCAGGACUUCACAUGUGACGAUGGAAAUGAUGACAACAGCUGUUCCCCGCUCUCCCGCUGUCCUACCGAAUGUACCUGCUUGGACACCGUCGUCCGAUGUAGCAACAAGGGCUUGAAGGUCUUGCCCAAAGGCAUUCCAAGAGAUGUCACCGAGUUGUAUCUGGAUGGGAAUCAGUUCACACUGGUUCCCAAGGACCUCUCUAACUACAAACACUUAACACUUAUAGACUUAAGUAACAACCGAAUCAGCACCCUGUCUAACCAGAGCUUCAGCAACAUGACUCAGCUCCUCACCUUAAUUCUUAGUUACAACCGGCUGCGCUGUAUUCCUUCUCGAACCUUCGACGGUUUGAAGUCUCUUCGAUUACUUUCCUUGCAUGGAAAUGACAUUUCUGCUGUGCCUGAUGGUGCAUUUAAUGAUCUUUCUGCAUUAUCACACCUAGCUAUUGGAGCCAACCCACUCUACUGUGACUGUAACAUGCAGUGGCUGUCCGACUGGGUCAAGUCGGAAUAUAAAGAGCCGGGGAUCGCUCGCUGUGCUGGGCCUGGAGAAAUGGCAGAUAAGCUGUUACUCACCACUCCCUCCAAAAAGUUUACCUGUCAAGGUCCCGUGGAUGUCAAUAUUCUAGCUAAAUGCAAUCCCUGCUUGUCAAAUCCAUGUAAAAACGAUGGCACCUGUAAUAGUGAUCCCGUGGACUUCUACCGCUGCACCUGCCCAUAUGGUUUCAAGGGACAGGACUGUGAUGUCCCAAUUCAUGCGUGUAUCAGUAACCCAUGCAGACACGGAGGAACUUGCCGCUUAAAAGAAGGAGACAAAGAUGGAUUCUGGUGUAUUUGUGCUGACGGAUUUGAAGGAGAAAAUUGUGAAGUCAACAUUGAUGACUGUGAAGAUAAUGACUGUGAAAAUAAUGCUACAUGUGUCGAUGGAAUUAAUAACUACACAUGCCUUUGUCCACCUGAGUACACAGGGGAGUUGUGUGAGGAGAAGCUGGACUUCUGUGCCCAGGACCUGAACCCCUGCCAGCACGACUCCAAGUGCAUCCUGACACCAAAGGGCUUCAAGUGUGACUGCACACCUGGAUACAUCGGCGAGCACUGCGACAUUGAUUUCGAUGACUGCCAAGAUAACAAGUGUAAAAACGGAGCCCACUGCACCGACGCUGUCAAUGGCUACACGUGCACCUGCCCCGAGGGUUACAGUGGCCUGUUCUGUGAGUUCUCUCCGCCCAUGGUCCUCCCUCGUACCAGCCCCUGUGAUCAUUUUGAUUGUCAGAAUGGAGCUCAGUGCAUCAUCCGGAUAAAUGAGCCAAUAUGCCAGUGUUUGCCUGGCUACCAGGGAGAGAAGUGUGAAAAAUUGGUCAGUGUGAACUUUGUCAACAAAGAGUCUUAUCUUCAAAUCCCUUCAGCCAAAGUUCGGCCCCAAACCAAUAUCACCCUUCAGAUCGCCACCGAUGAGGACAGUGGGAUCCUCCUGUACAAGGGGGACAAGGACCACAUCGCUGUGGAGCUGUACCGGGGCCGCGUGCGCGCCAGCUACGACACCGGCUCCCACCCCGCGUCUGCCAUUUACAGCGUGGAGACCAUCAAUGAUGGAAACUUCCAUAUUGUGGAGCUGCUCGCCCUGGACCAGAGUCUCUCCCUCUCCGUCGAUGGAGGCAGUCCUAAAGUCAUCACCAACCUGUCCAAGCAGUCGACUCUGAAUUUUGACUCCCCACUCUAUGUAGGAGGUAUGCCCGGGAAGAACACAGUGGCUGCAGCUCUGCGCCAGGCGCCCGGGCAGAACGGCACCAGCUUCCACGGCUGCAUCCGCAACCUGUACAUCGACAGCGAGCUGCAGGACUUCCGGAAGGUGCCCAUGCAAGCCGGCAUCCUGCCUGGCUGUGAGCCCUGCCACAAGAGGGUGUGUGCCCACGGCACGUGCCAGCCCAGCAGCCCAGCGGGCUUCACCUGCGAGUGCCAGGAGGGGUGGACCGGGCCCCUCUGCGACCAGAGGACCAACGACCCCUGUCUUGGAAACAAGUGCGUGCACGGCACCUGCUUGCCCAUCAAUGCGUUCUCCUACAGCUGUAAGUGCCUGGAGGGCCACGGGGGCGUCCUCUGUGAUGAAGAGGAGGAUCUGUUUAACCCCUGCCAGACGAUCAAGUGUAAGCAUGGGAAAUGCAGGCUCUCGGGCCUUGGCCAGCCCUACUGUGAAUGCAGCAGUGGAUACACAGGGGACAGCUGUGACCGAGAAAUCUCCUGUCAAGGGGAGCGGAUAAGAGAUUAUUACCAAAAGCAGCAGGGCUACGCGGCUUGCCAGACCACCAAGAAGGUGUCCCGCUUGGAGUGCAGGGGCGGGUGCACGGGAGGGCAGUGCUGCGGGCCGCUGCGCAGCAAGCGGAGGAAAUACUCCUUCGAGUGCACAGACGGCUCCUCCUUCGUGGACGAGGUCGAGAAGGUGGUGAAAUGUGGCUGCACCAAGUGCGCCUCCUAAAUCCCCCCACCCCCGACCCUGGGCAGCUUUGGGCUUUGGAAAAUGUACACUUCUCGACCCUGUUGGACGAAUGAGUGAUUCCUAGUGGAAAUAUUUGAAAUAUAUUGUAAAAUACAGAACAGACUUAUUUUUAUUAUGAGAAUAGAGAAUUUUUUCUGCAUUUGGAAAAAAAAAAAAGAGAGAAAUGCUUGAACUCAAGUUCUCCUCCGCUGGAGAAGGAUCAAGAAAGAGCUGGAGGUAUCAGGACUAGAUGACAACCAGUCAAUUCGGAUUCAUCUUCGUCUAACAUGCUGAAGACAGCAGAAGCUCGUCGCCAGAGAGAGAGACAGCCACUGUGCCUGAGGGGGAUUGCACGCUCAGGUUUGUGAGUUCACCAGGACGGAUGGAGCGCAGGUGUGUGAAUGAGGGUAAAAGCAGAGGACUGGAACCCCAGAAUUCCCACACAGAGCCAGUGGGUCGGGGAGUAUUUGGUGCAAAAGAGAAAGUGUUCUGGGGUCUUCGAUUCCCAGGGCAGAGAUGGGCGAGCUGAAAUCAAUGUUAUCUUCUUUACAAAUGUCAGCAUGUGAGCAGAAGCACACAAAAGUGUUCAUCUACCGUUUUCCAGUAUUAAUUUUUUUUGUAAUAUAAAUGAUAAAGGAGAUGAUAAAGAACCAAUAGAUUAUUGAUAAAUAAAUUAGUAAUAAUAUGAAUUUUUGUUUCUAUGAGUUCUAAACAACCCUAUACAGUAUUCAGUUUCAAUGAGAAAUAUUUAUUGUAUCAAAGUACAUUGUACUUAACAUUUUAGGCCAUCUUUUUGCUGUUUCUUGAUGCUUUAAUAUAUAUUAAUUUAUAAUUGUCCUGAUAUUUUUGUACAUUUUUCAAACUUAAAAAUCAGGAUUUUUUUUUGGGGGGGUGGUUGGCAAUAGUACUAACAUAGGAUAUUAUCUCGGGAUAAAUAUGUAUUGGUCUGUUUGUUUACCUUGACAUCUGACCAUUGGUGUCACUGACCUACUGGCUUCAUCCGGGACUGGGGCAGACAGGAGAUAGUCUGUGCUCGUCCUUGUACAGUAAGAAGUGGCCCCUCUGCCACUUUUCUCACAACAGAAAUGGUGUGCAGCAUCAACACUAGAGAGUAGAUCUUUACAAAUUAAUAUUUCCUUGAUGUUUUUUGCCCUUUUAUUGGGGAUGGGUUGGGAAGAGAAAAGGCUGUAAUGUCAAGAACUGUGAUUUUUUUUUUCCCAAACAAUAAAGCGCCUUUAUUACCUUAAUGUUCCUAUGUUAACAUGUUUGCUGCUAAAUUACAAUGUAGAAUUAAUAAUGAUUUAUAGUGGACUGUGCUUUUCCCUCAUUCAAAUCCCAGGGUACCCUGUAAAGAUGGAAAUGUGUCUUUCCAAAAGCUUUUUUACAAAGGAAAUUAGAUGUACAUGUCUAAUUCAGUGUGCUUUGUCUUUCUCCAGACUAAUAUCAGUUACACUACUGAUGUUUGUAAAUUAAACAGAUAUUUACUUCAUUAACAGCUUGGUGGUUUUCUUAGAAAUGGUGCAAUAUUUAGGGCCAUCUCCUUAAGAAUCUGUUCAUCAGAGUGAGACAAAGAGCUGGGGGGGAAAAAAUCUCUACUUGUUUGUUACCACUGUUUUGAGAUGAGCUUAUUGUCCUAACUGGGAAGUUUGCAAUGACCACAUGAAAGAGAGAGCUAAAAGAACACCAUCUUUGCUGGGGAAAAAGUGCACAUUCAAUUAAUUUCUUACCAAAAAAAUUAUAAGGUAGAGUCUAACUGAACAAUAAAUGGUGUUUUGGGUUUUGUUCUUCUUUUCCCCUCAAUUGGAACCAGCUGGAAAACAAUAAGUGUCUUUGUCACAGGCAGUCUCAUGCAGGAGUUAAGUAACGUUGAAAUUCACCACAAGGAACAUGGCUGGAUAGAAUAUUAAUGCUCACUGCCAUGCUAACAUUUCUUCAUUUCCCUGGAAGAAAAUCAUUCAUAGACACACGCCUUCUGUCUCACGUACACAAAUGCC